GACAAGGAAGAGUCAAUCAACUGGGUGGCGUCUUCAUAAAUGGUCGCCCCCUGCCCUACAGGACGCGGUUACGCAUUGUCCAAAUGUCACGGAAUGGCGUCCGACCCUGUGAUAUAUCGCGCCAGCUCAAGGUCUCACACGGCUGUGUCAGCAAAAUUCUACAGAGGUUUCAUGAGACUGGUGAGCUGCUUUUCUCUAACCUUCUUUCCUCCGCCCGUGCCACAACGACCUUAUUUUAA